CUGCCUUCUCUCUUCCUUUGGUUUUGGGCCACAUCUGGCUGUGCUCAGGCGUCACUCCUGAAUGAGCCACACGAAUGCAUGGGAAGCAUCCUGCUUGCGUCCAGUCUGCCACCCACUGGAAGCUUUUCUCGCGGUUAGAUCGUUAGUGCGAGAGGAAGGGGUCCUGUGCCAAGAACCGUACAUGGUUGAAGUGAAGAACUUUCCUCUGCCACAGGACUCCUUGGAAGAGGGCGAGUCCCAGGAGAAUGUGGAGACUUUUUCCAAGAAUAGUCUCAGGGAUGUCAGUUUGGGAGAAACCUCUAUAGGUGAGAGCUGCUUAGAGAGUUUGCUAGAUUCAGAAAUUCUUAUGAGGUCUGACAUUGUCACUGAUAAGGAAAGUCCUACAGGAUUUAGUCAGCACAAGUUCAUAAGAGACCUCAGUUCCGAGCCUCUGCUUGUCACGGGAAAGGAGUUUCUCAUUCACGAUCUUUCCCAAAAGGAUUUGCCAUCUGCUAAGACUCAGUACUAUGGGGGGGACCUGGGUUGCCACUCAGAACAGAACCAGCAGGGAGCUGGUGUCCAGGAAGGACAGGAACUGUAUAAAUGUAGUGAAUGUGAGAAGAGCUUCUGCCGGAGUUACCUUCUCAUCCAGCACUGGAUUAUUCAUGCCAAGGAGAAGUCCACUGUUCAACAUGAGGAUGGGACAGAUUCCAACCAGAAUUCUUCCCUUCUUGUGUGUCCAGUACCUCAUCCUGACAACAGUUCCUUUGUGUUUGAUAAAGGCAAGGAAACUCUGAGUCAGAAUACACACCUUCUGUGGCAACAGAAAAUAGACACUGGAGAAAAAAGACAGAAAAGUCCAAAGAGUGGCUAUGAGAAAUGUUCACAGCCUGGUGAGUAUCAGGAAAACCACCCAGGUGAUCCGUCCUGUGACUAUAGCAAGCAUGGCAAGGACUUUCAUUUUCCUGAGCCUCAGAAGAUGCAACCUCAAAAGUCCCAGAAACAUUACGAGUGUACCAAAUGCAAGGCAACCUUCAACCUGAGCAAACACCUCCGCCACCAUCAGAAAAGUCAUGCAGCAAAAGUGACGCCUGAGGAUCAGGAAUAUGGAGAGACCUGUAAUAGGAGCUUGUCACUUAUCAGACACCAAACUGUUCAUUUUGGAGAGAAACAUCAGUGUAAUGAGUGUGGGAAAUGCUUCAGGCACAGGUCAACACUCAAAAUCCAUCAGCAAAGUCACAGUGGAGAGAAGCCUUUCAAAUGCAGUGAGUGCGGGAAAGCCUUUUCCCGGAGCACUUACCUCACUGAGCACAAGAGGAUUCACACUGGCUAUCGGCCCCACAAGUGUCCCAGAUGCGUUAAGAGCUUCAGCCGACCUUCCCACCUGUUUCGGCACCAGUUGUCCAUUCAUGCCACGGAGAAAUCCUAUAACUGUGUCGAAUGUAGAGAAACCUUCAGCCAUAGUGAAUUUGUUCAGCACCAGAAAGUACAUACUCUGGAAACCCCUUACAAAUGUCAGGAGUGUGGCGAGCGCUUCGUCUGCCACUCAACCCUCAUUUGCCACCAGAAGACUCACACCGGAGACAAAUGGGGACUUGAAGGCACGAAAGUCCUGGCUCAGAAGCUGAGAUAUAGAAGGCCUUCAAAUGUGGGUGAGAAGUGCUUUACAUGUAAGACGUGUGAGAAAACCUUCAGCAGUAGGAAACAACUGAUUCAGCACGAGAGGAGUCACCCCAAGCUGGCCGCGGUGGAGGAGCCCUUUGAGUGUGACCACUGUGGAAGAACUUUCGACCAAAACACACAGCUCCUUCGCCACCAGAAGAUCCACUCUGGAGUGAAGCUUUAUGAGUGUGAGGACUGUGGGAAAACCUACCUCUGCAAAAGCUCGCUCCUGAAACACCGGUCCAAUCUCAUGAGGAAGAGGCCUGCUCUGUGGGAGGAGGAUGGGGUGGUCUUUGAGCAGAGGGCAGAUCUCACAGAACCGCAGUUAACUGGGACUCCAGAGAAACGCUUCCAGUGUAGCAAGUGUGACAGGGCGUUUACUUACAUUAACUGCUUUAUUCAGCAUCAGAGAACUCAUAUUGGAGAGAAGUCCUUCGAAUGCAAGGAAUGUGGGAAAACGUACAGUCAGAAAUCCUACCUUUCCAGGCAUCAGAAAGUCCACACAGGUGAGAGGCCGUGCGUCUGCAAGGAGUGUGGGAAAUCCUUCAGCACGGGGGCCCAGCUUAUUCGACACCAGCGAGUUCAUACCAAGGUGAAGCCUCACAUUUGCCAGGAAUGCGGGAAAGCCUUCAGCCAUAACUCGAGUCUUUCUAUUCACCAGAGGGUGCACACCGGGGAGAAGCCCUUUGUCUGUGCCGAAUGUGGGAAAGCCUUUGCACAGAAGAUCAACCUGACCCAUCACAUUAGAGUCCAUACUGGGGAGAAGCCUUACACCUGUGACGUGUGCAGCAAAGCCUUUGGCAUCAGCGCACACCUCACGCAACACCGCCGAAUUCAUACCCAGGAGAAGCCGUAUCGGUGCCAGCUCUGUCAGAAAACCUUUCGCAGCUGCUCAGGUCUCCGCCGACACCAGCAAGUUCACACUAAGAAGUAA